UUUUUUUUUUUUUUUUUUGUUGUUUGGCUGUGCGUUUUCCAGGAGUGAACUUCUCAGCGGAGGGGGAGUUCUGUCUUAUUCUUUCCUUAACGAGGUCUGUAAUGUCCUGUUAAUUUUGUGUGUACUAGUUAAUGAGCAUUAAUCUGCUACCCCUGGAUGCUAUUGUUCCCGAGAUGGUCAUUUGAAUGUAAAUGGGAGGAGGGAGGGAGGGGGUGACACUGUGAAAGCGAGGUGCUUAUUAAAACUGAUGUAGUGUCCCUGAUUCUCUGGCUUCCAGCAGGAGACACCGGCGAAGGACGCUGCUCACACCAAGUUCGGCAGGAAAAAGAAGCAAUGGCGAGCUCUUUGCCCCUGGACACGGUUAUGUCCUGCCCGAGACUCGAGCCCAGGAGCGCGGUCGAGUCCUCUCCAAAACCCUUGGCUUUCUCCAUCGACAGGAUCAUGUCCAAGACGACGGAGGAGCGCAGAGGACCGGACAACACUGAAGGGAAGAGGACGGCGGGUUUAUGCGCGCCCAUCCCUUGCAUGAUUCCCAUCCAACCUUUAGCGUACGACCUCCAGGCCAAAGCGCUGGUGAACUACUCCGAAUUUUGGAGAGCGAAUUUCCGGGGUGCGCUGUGCGCCUCGGCGGCGGUGGCGACGUGCAAAUCCAGCUGCGGUGCGUGCACUAAAACGGACCUGCUGCCAGGGAGCAGGGUUAUCAAACCUCAAGUGAUCCAUCAAACAAUGACCAUGCCAGGCAACGCAUCUUUGUACUAUUUAAAUUACCUGGAUGCUGCGUAUCACCAAUCCGAGCUGCUCAGCGGACAUUUGUUUUCUUCAGUGGUUGCCAGUUCGCAGGCGCAGGCUAUGACUGCGCACCAGAAACUGCUGCUGCUCGAGAGCGCAAAACUGGCUGAGAAAGUGCCCACGCCGCAGUAUCCACAUAAAGAGCGUCUGCCCGGGCAGCUGGACCAUCUCAUGAAGGAGAACCACGGGGUGGGUUCUGAGAAGAACAGCGCCAAAGUGCACAGCAAGGCGAAUACCUGUCCUGUGGACGGGAAACCCAAGAACUUCACGUGCGAAGUCUGUGGAAAGGUGUUUAACGCGCACUACAACCUCACGCGCCACAUGCCGGUGCACACGGGCGCGAGACCGUUUGUUUGCAAAGUGUGUGGGAAAGGCUUCCGCCAGGCCAGCACACUGUGUCGACAUAAAAUCAUACACACACAAGAAAAACCUCAUAAAUGUAACCAGUGCGGGAAAGCGUUCAACAGGAGCUCGACGUUAAACACGCACGUGCGAAUCCACGCCGGCUACAAACCGUUCGUGUGCGAGUUUUGCGGAAAAGGUUUCCACCAAAAAGGCAAUUACAAAAAUCACAAACUGACGCACAGCGGCGAGAAACAGUUCAAGUGCACGAUCUGCAGCAAAGCCUUCCACCAGAUCUAUAACUUGACCUUCCACAUGCACACGCACAACGACAAGAAGCCGUUCACGUGCGGGACUUGCGGGAAAGGCUUUUGUCGGAACUUUGAUUUGAAAAAACAUGUGAGGAAACUACACGAAAAUAACGCGGCCUGCUUACAGACGGGCGAGGAAUCCUCCAGAGUACAAAACUGAGAUCCAGUUUAAAAGGACUUGCGCUACAAACAAGCUACGCUGUGUACAAAAACAAACAAACAAACAAACAAACAAACAAACAAAAAACACGAGAUCGGAUAUGGUUGGAUGAGACGA